GGACAUGGCCGUGAGGGCCUGCGGCCUCAUCGUCUACCGGAGGCUGCCGCCGAAGGCCGCCGACAACAUCGAGUACCUGCUGCUGCAGACGUCCUACGGGAGCCACCACUGGACCCCUCCCAAAGGCCACGUGGAUCCAGGAGAGGAUGACCUCCAAACAGCCUUGCGGGAGACCCGCGAAGAGGCCGGUCUGCAGGCCGCUCAGCUCGCCCUCGUCGACGGCUACAGGAAGGAGCUGCACUACCCAGUCAACGGCAAACCCAAGACGGUCGUUUACUGGCUGGCAGAAAUGAAGGACUCUAACACGGAGAUCAAGCUCUCCGAGGAGCACCAGGCUUUCCAGUGGCUCAAGCUGGAGGAUGCCUGCAAAUUUGCUGAAUAUGAGGAUAUGCAAGCGAUGCUGAAAGAUGCUCAUCAGUUUCUUUGCUCCAGAAAAUAAAUGCCUUAUGGAGGAUAAGGGAAGCUUCUAACGAAACACGACUUGAUUAUUUUUGGGGGAAUGAAUAGAGUUGGAUGGCUGCAGAAAUGUAGGUUGCUUUUUUUAAUCUAUACAAAUUCAAUGAAGAUACCUGGAGCUUUCAGAGUCUUCUGCUUUUGUGUCCCCUAGCUUUUCUAGCUCGUGUGGAAUAGCAUGGUCUGGUUUGACCGUAAGCCAGAGAUGUCUCGAUUGAAAGCACAGCUAACAAAGACUUUCUGUGUUCUCUCUUUUUAAGUGCUGAGCAAGGAUGGAUCUUUCUUGAAACUGAAAUGCUUGGCAUCUCCUGAGCUGCUGAUGUUAGAACUACAGGGGUCUGCAAAUGAGCGUAUGGAGAUAAUUAAUAACAAAUACUUGUUG